UUGCGUUGAAUGGUCUUGGACUUCCACCCCCCGAUUAUCUUCCAGAAUGAGUUUCCAGAAGCCGCGCAUUAUUCCCUGGCUUAUAGAACAGAUCGGCCGCCCGGAAUAUCCAGGUCUUGUUUGGUUGAACAAGGAGCGGACGCAAUUCCGUAUCCCUUGGAAACAUGGCAGGAGAAAUGACCCGAUGGAGGACAACUUCAAAAUAUUUAAGGCUUGGGCCAUCGCCAGCGGUGGAUACGACCCCAUUGAGAAACCAACAAAAUGGAAGACAAAUUUCCGUAAUGCGCUAGUGCAAAAGCAUGAGAUCCGAAUGAUUAAAAAGAACACAACAGAAGACCCUGACAGAAUAUACGAAAUCUUAGUGGAAGAAGCUUGUUGUGGUUCUACAGCCAAUGCAGCCUCCGAAGAAUAUUAUUUGAGCGAUGUUAAUCCAUUUUCCGAACCAAUCAGUUUUGAUAGCUCAACUUGUAGCAGUAUGAUGACAGAAGCCCUUUCCGGAGAUCUGAUGAAUCUACAGCUUUUAGAAGAAGGGACAUAUUUUCCAGAUACUCCAGCUCAAGAGCCUGAAAACGUGGCAGAAAACAUAUUACUUGGAAUGUUAAACAAGAACGCGCUUGAAACACAAUUCGAUGUGAAUAUAUAUUAUCGGGGAACUCUAAUAAAGAACGUGUUGGUGAAAAACCCCUGCGGCCUCCGUAUUACAUCGAGGCCGAGUCCAGGGAGUCAUUUGGAGGAGGUCGUGUUGCCAAUACCGGCCAUAAGUGACCAGAAACUGGCAAAUGAAAUAAGAAAACUACUCGGCACUCUGGAAGAGGGAACGCUGAUCGAGGUGAGAGACGGCCUUAUUUGUGGGAAGAGACAAGGCAAGUGUACGAGUUACUGGAGCAUGACGGAGUUCCCGACCACGACGGAACCCAAUCCAAUUGACAAGAAUGACUACAGCAUUCUGUAUUCCAUGGAGCAGUUUGUCGAAGAGCUCAUCGCGUUCAUUCAGGGAGAAAGGAGAGAAUCCCCGCAAUAUUCUAUUUGGGUUUGUCUGGGGCAGGAAUGGCCAAACGACCGACCUUGGAAAAGGAAACUGAUUAUGGUGCAGAUCACGCCAGUUUCAAUGAAGAUGCUUCAUGAGCUGAGUUACUGCGGAGGCGCCUCGUCUCUCCAUAGCGAUGAACUCAAUCUACAGAUCUCAGACUCGCUUUCUCUCACCACUCCUGCGGACCUGCUCCCAUAUCUUGUGAAGAUGGCAGAAAUGAUGGAACAAGAAUAGCUCAUUUUCUGUUACAUUAAGAACUGGCACUCACUGACCCCGGAACUUCAAUACAUUAACCCUUUUACUUUGCUUCUUUUCAUUUCAUUGUAGCAACGCUCGUUAAGGCAAUCCACUUUGGUUGUAACAGAAGCCAAAAUUUGCAAAAUGUUAAUAAUAAACUAUAAAUACAUUCUCCUCCUGUUCUCUCAUAUGCCCAUGGCUCUCUGUCUGCGGCAAAAUGUGGGCUAACCAGCACAAUUAAACAAUAACUGGCCAAGCUGGCGGCGAUCUAAUUCUCAGUCAUUCUAUGUACAGCCAUACUGUAAAAAGGAUCAUGUCCCAUUAGAUUAUCGCAUUUUAAUUGUUAAACAUACCUUGCGUGUGUCCCAUUGUGCUGUUAAAUUAAAUUUUCCUGUUGUAUCUAUAGUAAAAGUUGAGAAUGUUUCAUGCUUUGUAUUUCUUAUAGCGUUUGUCUUCCCUAAACAAAUGUCACGCUGACAAUAAUAAAAUUGAAAUAGAA